AUGAUCACCCCCCAAACCUACCACAUCUUCGGCCAAACCCUCACCACCAGCCUCUCCCCGACCCUCCACAACGCCGCCUUCGCCCACCACCGCCUCCCCCACCACUACACCAUCCAAGAAUGCCCCUCCCUCGCCGCCGUCCAACAUCUUAUUGAUGCCCCCACCUUCGGCGGCGCCAGCGUCACCAUGCCGCACAAGCUGACCGCCUUCCCGCUGUGCGACGAGGUCAGCAACGCCGCGCGACAGAUCGGGGCGAUCAACACCCUCAUUGCGGAGACGCGGGGCGGACAACGCGUCCUCACCGGCGACAAUACCGACUGGCGGGGUCUGUACGAGCUCGUGGAGGAGUUUUCAGCGAGCCGGGGCUAUCCCAGCAGUCGCGAAGAAGUCCAAGCCGGAGGCCCAACCGCCGGACAGACAGGCCUCGUCCUCGGUGCCGGCGGUGCCGCCCGCGCCGCAGUCUACGCGCUCCUGCAGGCGAACUUCGCCCGGAUUGUGAUUGCGAACCGGACGGUCGAGAAGGCGGAGACGAUUGUUCGGGAUUUCGAGGGAUUGGCGGGGCCGAAUGGGUCGGACUGCGAGAUCGUGGCUGUGAAGUAUCCGGUUCCUGCGGUGGGAGAGGUGAAGCCUGAGGUCGUGAUCGGGACGGUGCCGGGGGCUGUAGUCGCGGAGACGGAGGUGGAGGGGCUGUUCGCUGGAUCAGAGGAUGGGUUGGUGGUGGAGAUGGCGUACAAGCCCCGGGUGACGGGGUUGAUGCGCGCGGCGCGGCAGGCGGGGUGGCAGGUGCAGGAUGGGUUGGAGGUGUUGUUGCGGCAGGGGUUCGUGCAGUAUGCCCUGUGGACGGGGAGGAAGCCGCCUGUGGAGGUGAUGCGGGGGAGUAUUGCGGAGCGGGUAUAG